UUCUCUUGAAACCAGCUGGCUGCUGAUAUAUAACCUCCCCGGGUAAGCUGAUGCAACUGUAGGAAGAGACUCAGCCCUGUUAAAGGAGCAGCGUGGGGAAGCGUCUUACACUGCCAGGAAACGAGACACACUUUUAUCAUUUCAACUAACUUAUUGGUACCUGAAGAUGCCAGUGGUCCGUGCCUUGUCUAAAGUUGCUAAGAAAGCCCUCCUGGCCCCUGUUUGUGGCUGCCAGGUUUCAGCAGUGGCUGUGCGUCAUGUCAGCUUCUCUCCGCGUCAAGUGACCAGUGCAUCAGAUGCCAGCUUUCACUCUGUUUCCUUCUCGGAAACAGAUCACCCAAAGGUCCUUAUCACAGGUGGCCUUGGGCAACUAGGUGUUGGGCUUGCCAAAUUGUUGAGGAAGAGGUUUGGAAAAAACAAUGUGAUCCUUUCAGAUAUCAGGAAACCUCCCACCCAUGUCUUUCACAGUGGUCCCUUUAUCUACUCGGAUAUUUUGGACUAUAAGAACUUGAGAGAGAUUGUUGUCAACAACCGAAUCACUUGGUUGGUGCAUUACAGUGCUCUUCUCAGUGCUGUUGGGGAAGCUAAUGUGCCCCUGGCACGGGCUGUCAACAUAACUGGUCUUCACAACAUCCUGGAUAUUGCUGCAGAGCAUGGGCUUCGACUGUUUGUUCCCAGCACAAUUGGUGCCUUUGGUCCAACUUCCCCCCGUAACCCGACUCCUGAUCUUUGUGUGCAACGACCUCGCACCAUAUAUGGUGUCUCCAAGGUCCACGCUGAACUAAUGGGCGAGUACUAUCAUCACAGGUAUGGUCUUGACUUCCGCUGUCUCCGGUACCCUGGGAUCAUCUCUGCGGAUUCUCAGCCUGGCGGUGGUACGACAGAUUAUGCUGUGCAGAUAUUCCAUGAUGCUGUAAAGACUGGCAAGUUUGAGUGCAACUUGAAGCCGGACACACGACUUCCUAUGAUGUAUAUCGACGACUGCUUGCGGGCUACGCUCGAGGUCAUGGAAGCCCCGGUUGAGACGCUGUCCAUGCGCACGUACAACAUCAACGCCAUGAGCUUCACCCCUGAUGAACUGGCACAGGAAGUCCAGAAACAGCUGCCUGACCUGCAAGUCACAUACAAUAUCGACCCUGUACGGCAGGCAAUAGCUGACAGCUGGCCCAUGAACUUUGAUGACUCUAACGCCCGCAAUGACUGGAGCUGGAAGCACGACUACGACCUGCCGGAGCUGGUUCAGACGAUGCUCAACUUCAUUGGUUCAGACUCCCAAGUUGCCCAAGCCAGCUGAAUCAAGUCAAAGAAAUUACAAUUUGUACAUACAUAUUCUAAAGACUGAUAGUCUUGGAGAACAGAGAUCCCUGGUCUGUAAAUAAUUAUUUACUCUCUGUUUCUUCUGUGCCUGGAUUAUCUGGAGGAAGACAAAUACAGGGAUGUAUAUAAGAGAGAUAUUGCUUAUAUUAAAACUGCCGGUCAAUGCUUAAGUGCCCAGAACAUGUACUCCACCCCCAAAAAUCUUAUUUACAUCAUUAUUUAGAAGUGAUGCAACAGCAAACAGGAACAAAAUGUAAAUCAGAUAUUGGGUUAGGCUUCAGUAUCGCAGAAGCUAAGAAGCUUGAUUUCCUUUUAUUAGUAAAACAAAUAGAAAAAGCAAAUAGUGGAAUGAUAUUCAAUGGCAAGGCUAAGGGCUGGCUGGGUGUGUAAAUUGCUACCCAAGGUUACCCUAGUUAUAGAGCCAAAACAUUGACUUGCUGCCCUGCUUAGAUAAUUUAGCUAGAUUAACGACGAAAAUCUGCUAAGAUCAUUUACACAACAGUUCAAAGACAAGUUUGGUCUGAAGACAAAAGUGUGUUUGGCUCAUUUAUAAGUGAAAAAUGCCCAUCAUGACUGAAUGAAUAAGAAAGCAGGAAAAUUUCGACCAACCAACGACCAACCAAACAAAUAAUGUCCUACAAAUUAAUCGUAAACCAUGCAGUUUAAAAAAAUCAACAAAACACUGUCGAUUUUUAUAACAUUUUUUUAAAAUAACAGAAGCAGCUAAAAUAGCUAGGUGAACUUAGCUCAAGUGGAUUUUAUUAGAUCCACUCUCAUUAUUAAAUAGGAAUAUUAAGAGUUUAAUUUAAAAGUUUUAACGAAAACUUUAUUAUAUUCCUAAACCUGUCAGAAAUGAAUUCCAUCAGUAUGGACUACAUCAGUAAUCUCAACCUGAACAAAUGUUACAAAUGCUGAAUACUAGAAAAUGUUAGCUUAACUAUGAUAGACCCAAAAGAUUAUCUCGAAAAUGAGCGAAUUACUUAUUAAAUAUUACGACUAAUUAAUUAUUUUAUGUUGUUUAAUUACUGUAUUUGUUUCCCGUUACUGUUUUUUCACUCUACGUGUAAAGGCUAUGACUACAUGCCAAAGAAUUUGCUUUUAUGGCAUUUGGGAGACAUCCUUAUCUAGAGCUAGAUACGUAAGUGACAGGAUGUUACGUUGAUUUGUUUUUAUCCAACUGAGCAGUUAGGGGCUUUGAACAAAGGGCCCAGAAGAGGCAGAUUAACAAUGCUGAGGUUUGAACUCACAAAUUUGUCCACAGCCUUAACCAGUGAGCUACUGCUAGAAUAUUGUGUCUAUGUGCAUACUCGUAUGUGUAUGUGUGAGAGAGAGAGAGAGUAAAUGAUGGAAGCAGGGGCCAGCGUAAGUAAUACGAGCAUUUUCUUUUUUUUUUCCUUUUCCUCCAUCUCUCUUGUGCACUAUUUAUCUAUUUAUUUAGCUUUUGCUGGCAAGCAGUUAUUUGUCUUUCAUUUCUUCCUACUUUAAUUUAAUGCAUUUGUAUUCUUUUUUUUUUUUUUUUUUUUUGUUUUGAUUAUUAGAUUGACAUUUUUCCAUAUAAAUGCUUACCAUUUAUGUUUUCCAUAUGAGUGUACCUUUUAAUCAUACCUUUUUGUACUUUAAAAUCUUAGGCAGCUUCUAUAUUUAGCAACAUGACUCCUCAUAUUUGCAAACAGGCAAAUUUCAGCAACUGCUUUGCAUACUCCUGAGGUGUUUCACGAACAAUAAAGAAUUAAUCUGAAAUCUCAAUACUGAUGAGAAAUGAGAACUUUCGUCUCGACGUUCACAAAACACACUUUGAUUACAAUAACAGCAAUAAAACACACUCCGUGUCUACCUUCUUUUUAA